AUGAACGCAGUAUCUGGGGUGGUGGCUGGUUGGCGACUGGCAAGUCAAGGACAUCAAGGUGAUCCAAGAGAUGGCCUGAAUGAAGACACUGAAACAAUUAAAAUGUUCAAUUGGUUGAGGUACUGGGUUCGCAGACAUACUAAACCUAUUCAAAGAACCACAGCAGAAAAAUGGGAUUUACGAAUGUCAUUAUUGUAUGGAUUUCUGACUUGGAAUGCUGCUGGAUACAUCUUGUACUUGAUAUUUACUAAUCGUUCAAAUUGGCCUGAGAUAUAUGGACCAAAUAAUGAAAAAGACAAGCGAGCCCCAAGUGAAAAAUUUGCUGACAUUUUAGGUAUCAAGAAAGCACAUGUUAUACAGAUUUCUGGAUUUAGGAAAGUUGGAGAGUUUGACAUAGAUCGAACAAAAGAAAACUCUCUGGAAGUAGAAAAAUCCUCAAAAGUAGCUGAAAAUGUUGUCACAGACUAGUGCUUUUUAACUCAGAGAAACUAAUGUGGUAACGAAUUAGAAUAGGAAUUUGAGUGUUAAUGAAGUGAAGUGCUCAAUAUUAUAUGUGUAACUAGUCUCUGAAAUGGGGUUCUUUGAAAGUCUUGUAUAUGAAAUCACAUUAAAGAAAACAUUUGUGCUUGUACUUAUCUGCAUAGCAAAUCAUUUGAUUAUCUGACCAAGACAUGAUUCAUGGUUUGUAAAAUAAGAAAUUUGCAACAAAACAUCAUAAAGUAACGUAACUUACGUUGUUGUUUGUUUUUGUUUUUUUCCUUCCUUUCUUUCUUUCUUUCUUUUCAUAUUGUAAUUGCAGUUUUAUUAAAAUGUGCUUGUAAAGUGCUAUCAACUGUGGUUUGACCACAGUAGGUCGAGCCUACUGAAGGGUGAGCACAACACUUACUUCAAAAUUGAACUAUAUAUGAAGAUAUAAACAUACUCUCUUUAUUAUUUAUACAUUAAGUAAUUUCGAUGGCACAAUAGUAUUAUUCUCGGUU